UGGAACGCUGUGUGUCAAACCGGCCGCAGCGCGAGGCCGGCGCGCGGGGUCGGCGGCGGUGGCGGCGGCGAGAGCGAGGCUCGGGCUCAGGCGCAGGCCCAGGCCAGGCGGGAGCGGCCGCAGCGGGGGCGGCAGCUCCAGAGGCGCCGGCCCAGCGGCCCUGCAGGCCCGGAGCGGCAGCCGCGGCCGCCGGGGGACCCAGGGGGCGCGGCGACCGGCCCCGGCGCGCACCCGCCGCCCCUCCCCCCCCGUCACGGGCGGCCGCGCAACUUGCGGCCAAACUUUCCCCCCGGCCUCCUGCGCUCGGAUGGCGGCCCGCUGAGUUGGCCGCAGCCCCCGGGCGAGCGGCGGCCAGACCAGAGGACGCCCCCUGCGCGGCUCGGGCCAGGCCAUGGCCCGCGCGCCCCCGCCGGGGCCCCAGGGCGGCGGGACGCGAGUCCUUUGGGCCCCCGGCCCGCGCCUCUAGCGCGCCCCUCCCGGCCCAGGGCCCGGCCCCGCGCACGCGUGGGAAAGUUGGCCUGGAACCGGCCCGACCAGUUCCGCCCGGGCGCGCGGACCGGCCGCAGGAAGUUGCUGCAAAACUUUUUUGGGGGGUGCAGCCUGUGUCCCCCGCGCGCCGGGGCCGGAUGCGCGCAGCGUAGGGUCCCCCGGGCCGAGAGGGGUGCCCGGAGGGAAGAGCGCGGAGGGGGCGCCCCGGCCCCGCUGCCCUGGGGCUAUGGCCAUGGUGACCGGCGGCUGGGGCGGCCCCGGCGGCGACACGAACGGCGUGGACAAGGCGGGCGGCUACCCGCGCGCGGCCGAGGACGACUCGGCCUCCCCCCCCGGUGCCGCCAGCGACGCCGAGCCGGGCGACGAGGAGCGGCCGGGGCUGCAGGUGGACUGCGUGGUGUGCGGGGACAAGUCGAGCGGCAAGCAUUACGGUGUCUUCACCUGCGAGGGCUGCAAGAGCUUUUUCAAGCGGAGCAUCCGCCGCAACCUCAGCUACACCUGCCGGUCCAACCGUGACUGCCAGAUCGACCAGCACCACCGGAACCAGUGCCAGUACUGCCGUCUCAAGAAGUGCUUCCGGGUGGGCAUGAGGAAGGAGGCGGUGCAGCGCGGCCGCAUCCCGCACUCGCUGCCUGGCGCUGUGGCCACCUCCUCGGGCAGCCCCCCGGGCUCGGCGCUGGCGGCGGUGGCGGGCGGCGGAGACCUCUUCCCGGGGCAGCCGGUGUCCGAACUGAUUGCGCAACUGCUGCGCGCUGAGCCCUACCCUGCGGCUGCCGGACGCUUCGGCGCAGGGGGUGGCGCGGCGGGCGCGGUGCUGGGCAUCGACAACGUGUGCGAGCUGGCGGCGCGGCUGCUCUUCAGCACCGUGGAGUGGGCGCGCCACGCGCCCUUCUUCCCCGAGCUGCCGGUGGCCGACCAGGUGGCGCUGCUGCGCCUGAGCUGGAGCGAGCUCUUCGUGCUGAACGCGGCGCAGGCGGCGCUGCCCCUGCACACGGCGCCGCUACUGGCCGCCGCCGGCCUCCACGCCGCACCCAUGGCCGCCGAGCGCGCCGUGGCCUUCAUGGACCAGGUGCGGGCCUUCCAGGAGCAGGUGGACAAGCUGGGCCGCCUGCAGGUCGACUCGGCCGAGUACGGCUGCCUCAAGGCCAUCGCGCUCUUCACGCCCGAUGCCUGUGGCCUCUCGGACCCGGCCCACGUGGAAAGCCUGCAGGAGAAGGCGCAGGUGGCCCUCACCGAGUACGUGCGGGCGCAGUACCCGUCCCAGCCCCAGCGCUUCGGGCGCCUGCUGCUGCGGCUGCCCGCCCUGCGGGCGGUCCCUGCCUCCCUCAUCUCCCAGCUGUUCUUCAUGCGCCUGGUGGGGAAGACGCCCAUUGAGACACUGAUCAGAGACAUGCUGCUGUCGGGGAGUACCUUCAACUGGCCCUAUGGCUCAGGCCAGUGACAAUGACGGGGCCACGUGCGCUGUGGCCAGGCCUGCAGACAGACCUCAAGGGACAGGGAAUGCUGAGGCCUCGAAGGGCCUCCCGGGGCCCAGGACCCUAGCUUCUCUCCUCAGACUUCUAUUUUUUAAAGACUGUGAAAUGUUUGUCUUUUCUGUUUUUUAAAUGAUCAUGAAACCAAAAAGAGACUGAUCAUCCAGGCCUCAGCCUCGUCCUCCCCAGAACCCCUGGCCAGGAUGGAGGUAAGGGAUGGAGGAUCCAAUCCUGGGACAGCCUUGUCCCUCCGCACCCCAAGCAUGAACUUGUGGGAUGGUAGGGUUGGCUUCCCUGGCAUGAUGGACAAAGGCCUGGCGUCUGGGCCAGAGGGGCCGCUCCAGUGGGCAGGGGUAGCUAGCGUGUGCCAGGCAGAUCCUCUGGACACGUAAUCUAUGUCAGACACUACAUGAUGACUCAAUCAAGGCCAAUAAUAAAGACAUUUCCUACCUGCACA